AUGACUUAAUUAGAUAAGGAGACUUUGAAUUUUUUAAAUCAUAUUAAUAAAUAAGAAAUGAUUAUAAGCUUAAUUUGGUUGUUGAUUAUCACAAGUGUUGUUGGGUUCAGAGAGUAUUUUCGAGAUUAUACUACUGUCUAUGGAUAUGUAAAUGAUUAAUGCCCUGAAUUGCAUGCACUAAAGCCUGAUAUGCAUCCACAUCAAUGUGUUUGUAAGUUUAGAGAAUAUUAUAGCUUACGCUUUGAUUUGUAAGGAUGUCACAGAAGUAAUAGUAAAAACUGAAGUAAAUGGAACUUAACAUUUAUGUCAUCCCAGAUUCUAACUAUGGGGAGCAGGGAGUCCAACAAAAGAUAAUACUACAGUUCAUUGUGGUUUUGAGGGAGGUGAUUAAUUAGUAAUGGAGUUAUAAGCAGAUGGACAUUAUAAAUAUUAUUGUAAAUGUAAGUAUUGUUAAGUAAUAGAUUAGCUAUGACGGAUGAUAAAAAUAAACGAUGUUUGAUAACGGCUCUUUAAUAAGGGCUAUUUAGAUGCCAAUUUUGUAAGCCGCCUUAUUAUGGAAAUGACUGUAAAAAAACAUUAUAUGGUUUUGAUUAAAGGUAUACAAAUCCUCCAAGAUGUAUAAAUUAUAUCUAUUUAAGAAUGUUCUGGAUAUUGUUUGGAAUGUGAAGACAGCACAAGUUGUACUAAAUGUAUUCCUGGCAGAGAUAACCUAAUAUCUAGUGAUAAAACAUGUUCAAUGGGUAAAUUAUACCCUAAUUUUUUUUAGAAUGUUUAGGAUUUACAAGUUGUUCUUUAGUUUCUAAUUAAUAUCAAUAUAGUGGUAUUUGCAUGUAGGGAACUGUUUUAAACUAAGACCGCUGUUUUAGUAAAAUUUUAAUAAUAGCUUAUAGGUUGUCCGGAAGGUUGUCUAAGUUGUACUUAAGAUCAAAUGUACACUUAUAAAAGGUCUUGUGAUGUCUGCGACCCUAAUUAUUUUAGAGAGAAGUUUAGUAGUAAUGAACCGAAUAUGUAUGCAUGUUAUAGAAUAAAUUAUUGUGACAUCUCAAGAUAACUUAAGGUUUCUUUAACAACUCUUCCAGACGGAUUAUAUAUUUAUAAUAUGAGAUGUACUUUAUGCGAUCCAGGAUAUAUUUAUGAUAACAUUAGUGGAUAAUGCUUAUGUAAAACAUAAUUAGGAUAUUGCUUUAGGGCUUCCAAUAGUAAAAUAAAGUUGUUUAUUUUUGGACCCAUCAGGAACUAAUUGUAUAGCUUGUUAUCCUUGGUAUGGAUUACAAUAAAAUGGAACAUGUUAACUUAUAAGUUGUAAUCCAGGUUGUUUUACAUGUUUGGAUACAAAUCCUGAAGUUUGUACUACCUGUGAUGGCUUUAAUAAUAAAAUACUUGAUAACGGUAACUGCAUCUGUAAACCAAAUUAUGGUUUAAAAAAUGAUGUUUGUGAACUGUGCUCUAAUGGUUAUUGUUAAGAGUGUGAAAAAGAAGAUUUCUAUUCAUGUACAUCAUGCACACUUGGAACAAAUAGAAUAUUAGUUGAUAAACAAUGCAUUUGUUAACCUGGAUCAAUUGAACCUGAAGAUGGUGGUUUAAUAUGUACUGGUAAAUUUAUGAUAUUAUAAUUAAGUAUGUGAUUGGUCUUGUUAAACAUGUUCUGGUCCAACAAAUUAUGAAUGUACUUAAUGUCCAGAUGAAAGCAUUACUAAUAGAAUUCAAGUAGGCAAUUCUUGUCCUUGUAAAACUGGAUAUUCAGAUUAUGCAAUCCCAGAAGCAAAAUGUGGAAGUAUUUAUAUCUAAUUACAUAUAUUCAGAAUGCCAUCCAAGAUGUUAAACAUGUUUCUAAGCAGCUGAUGAGACUACAAAUUAAUAUUGUUUAACCUGUAUACCUGGAUAAAAUCGUAUGGUUACGGAUACUUUCAAUUGUGAUUGUAAAGCAAAUUAUGGUGAUUUUGAGGGUACUUCAGAUGUGUGUCUAAGUAUUUUUAUAAGUUAUAUUUAGUCUGUGAUUAUACAUGUGGAAUAUGUAAUGAUUUUGGACCCACACAUUGUACUUAUUGCUUAGAAAGCUCAAAUAGAUAUUUGACAGCUUUAGGGGAAUGCUUAUGUAAAACAUCAUAUUAUGAUGAUGGAACAGAUAAUAUUGAAUGUUCAAGUAAUAUUAAAUAAUAUUAUUAGAAUGUCAUUAUUCAUGUUUAAGAUGUGCCAAUAGUACUGAGUCUAACUCAUGUAUAGAAUGUCCUCCAACUAGAAAACCUAGUGAUUCAUCAGCAAUUUAAUUUGAAUGUCCUUGUUUAUCUUCACAUUAUUUUGAUGAUGGAUUAUCACCAACUUGUAUAGAAUGUGAUGUAUCUUGUUAAACUUGUUUUGGUCCUCUUUCAUCUAAUUGUUUAACAUGUGAUCCGACCUAUAGAUAACUUGAUUUAUCAUCUUGUAUAUGUCCAAUUGGAUAUUAUGAUGUUGGAUAAUUAGAAUGUGCAAGUAAUUCUAUUUAAAAAUAUUAUAAGAAUGUCAUUACUCUUGUUUUUAAUGUUUUGAUAAUACUGCUGAAGGUUGUAUUGCAUGUUCAAUUGAUCUUCAUCUUAGAGUAUUAAAAGGAAAUACUUGCAAAUGUAUUGAUGGAUAUUAUGAAGAAUCAGGAACAGCUAAAUGCAAAAGUAAUUACUUUAAUUAUAUAUCUACUAGAAUGUUCAUAUAAAUGUGAAACUUGUGAGGAUUAACCUGAAAAAUGUUUGAGUUGUCCUUUAAAUUCUUUACGUGUACUUGAUUCAGUUAAAGGUUGCUUUUGUCCAGGAGAGUAUUAUGAUUAAGAAAAUGAAAUAACUUGUCAAAGUAAUAUUAAUUUAUAUAAAAGGAUGUCAUUUCAAAUGCAAAGCUUGUGAUGCAUUUAGUGAAUCAUCAUGUCUGUCAUGCGAUUUAAUAGCAUUUAGAGAACUUAAACUUAAAUAAUGUAAAUGUUAACCACAUUAUUUUGAAAUGGAAGUUUAAGAAUGUGCAAGUAAUCAUUUAACUAAAAAUUAGUUUGCAGUGCUUAUUGCUAUGAAUGUAUUAAUAAUUUUGAUAAUUGUACUUCAUGUUAAGAUGAUAGAUAUUUGGUUGGAAGUACUUGUAAAUGUAGUUCUAAGUUUGAAGGAGCUUAAAUAAGUACAUUUGAAUUUAAUGGAAUGGUUAAAUGUUAAAGUAAAUCUUUAAAUAAUUAUUAGAAUGCCAUUAUUCUUGUGGAACAUGUGGAGGAGUAGAAGAAAAUGAUUGUAUAUCUUGUAUAGACUCUGAUCAAAGGUAUUAAGUAGGUAACACAUGUGUUUGUAAAGAAGGAUAUUUUGAUGCAGGAUUACCUGUUUGUUAAAGUAUUCAUCAAUUUUAUUUAUUAGAAUGUAGUUACAAAUGUAAAGGAUGUAUGAAAUAAUCUGAAAUUUGUAUUUCUUGUUAAGAUAACAGCCUUAGAUAAUUUGUUUCAGGUUUCAAUACAUGUAAAUGUAACUAAAGAUAUUAUGAUGAUGGAUAAAAUGAAGUUUGUUAAAGUAUGUAUACUUUAUUAUUAAUAUAAGAAUGCCAUUACUCAUGUCUUAGAUGCAAUGAGAUUGAUACAAAAUGUGAAUUAUGCUCGUUUGAAUCAAAUAGAGUUUACAAUGAUCAACUAUUUUCUUGCGAUUGUGGUUUUGGAUAUUAUGAUACUGGAGUUGAAAUCUGUUAAAAAUGUCACUACUCUUGUUUGAGUUGUAAUUCUGGAGAUUCUAAUUCUUGUAAUUCAUGUGUUGAUUCAAUGACUUCAAAUAGAGUAUUUUAUAAUAAUAGUUGUAAAUGUCUGUUUGGAUAUUUUGAUGAUGGUUAAUCAAUAAAAUGUUAAAAAUGCGAUAUUUAAUGUUUAAGUUGUAUUAACCAAUCUUACGAAUGUUAAUCGUGUCCAUAAACAAGAAAAAUAGAAAGUAAUUGCAAAUGCCAACAGGGAUAUUAUGAUGUAGGUUUAUAACUUUGUUUAAAAUGUAAUUCAAAUUGCUUUACAUGUUAAUCCAUAUCAAAUAAUUGUACAUCUUGUGAUUCUGAUUAAUUUAGAGAACUUAAUUCAAUAACUUAAACUUGUGAUUGUUAAAUUGGUUAUCUUGAAAUUAAUGGAAUCUGUGAGUAAUGUCGUUCAAGUUGUAAAACAUGUUCGUAAUCGUUAAAUUUAUGUACUUCUUGUGUUUAAUUUCGAUAUUUAAAGAAUAACGAAUGCUUUUGUAAUGAUGGAAUGUAUGAAUCGAUUGUAGAUAAAUAAUGUAAAUUAUGUAAUAAGAGUUGUUUAACUUGUGCUUAUUCAGAUAUCUAUUGUUUAACAUGUUCAAUUGAUAAUUUUAGAAUAUUUAAAUCUGGAAAUAAAUGCGAAUGUAAAUAAGGAUAUUACGAAAAUCCAAUUACAUAAUAAUGUGAAGAAUGUGCAAAAUCUUGUUUAACUUGUUCAAUUACAUAAGAUAACUGUUUAUCAUGUGAUACAAGUCUGAAUUUGUCUAUGAUUAAUAAUAAAUGCUAAUGUUCAUAAUCUUAUUAUUUUGAUUCUUUGACUAAAUCAUGUUAAUGUAAUAUGUUAUAUUAUAUAAUUAUUUAGAAUGUCAUAUUACUUGUUUAGAGUGUUAAAAUAAUAGUGAAUGCACAUCAUGUAGAUAAACAACUAGACAUUUAGAUGAAGAUUAAAAGAAAUGUUUAUGUAAUGAUGGAUAUUAUGAGACCAAUUAAUCAAAUUGUUAAUGUAUUUAAUUAUUAUAAAUUAUUAGAAUGUCAUUUAUCAUGUGAAACUUGUGUAACUAUCAAUACUAAUUGUUUAAGUUGUAUGAGUAUAUACUAAAGAACAUUAAAAAAUAAUAAAUGUCUAUGUAUUGAUGGAUAUUAUGAUGCAGGAAUAGAAUUAUGUUAAAAAUGUAAUAAUACUUGUAAGACAUGUCAAAAUUCUGCUUCAACCUGCCUAUCUUGUUAUGAAAUAGAAUAAAAUAGAUAUUAAUUAGGCGACAAAUGUUUAUGUAAAUCUGGAUAUUUUGAAUUAAACACAAAUAUAUGUUCAAGUAAUCUAUGUUUAUUUAUAUUAUAGAAUGUUCAAAUGAAUGUUUAACAUGUUAAGGCUAAGCUGAUUAUUGUACAAGUUGUGAUAUCAAUUCUAAAAGAGUUGAUUAAUCAAUUAUCCAUAAAUGUCCAUGUAUAAUUGGAUUUUAUCAAGAUCAAAAUUAGAUAUGUUAAAGUAAGUAUCUAUAACUAUAUUUUUAGAAUGUCAUAACAAAUGUUAAACUUGUAUAAAUUAGAGUGAUUAAUGUUUAAGUUGUAAGUUUGAAUUAAAUUCAAAUAGAAAUUCUUUAUCUGAUUAAUGUAAUUGUAAAGAAGGCUAUUUUGAUGAUGGAAUCUAAUUAUAAUGUUAAAAAUGCAAUCUUAAAUGUAAAACUUGUUUAAAUGAUUCAAUUAAUUGUGUAAUUUGUUCAAAUUCAAUACGAAUAAAUCCACCUACCUGUAAUUGCAUGGAUGGAUAUUAUGAAGAUGAAUAAUUCACAUGUUAAAGUACUUUUUAUUUUUAAUUAAGUUUGUGCUUAUUAAUGCAGUACUUGUGCAAUAUCACCUUAAAAUUGUUUAACUUGUAAACCAGAAAGAAUCGGGAAUGAUUGUAAAUGUACUGAUGNUGAUGGAAUGUAUGAAUCGAUUGUAGAUAAAUAAUGUAAAUUAUGUAAUAAGAGUUGUUUAACUUGUGCUUAUUCAGAUAUCUAUUGUUUAACAUGUUCAAUUGAUAAUUUUAGAAUAUUUAAAUCUGGAAAUAAAUGCGAAUGUAAAUAAGGAUAUUACGAAAAUCCAAUUACAUAAUAAUGUGAAGAAUGUGCAAAAUCUUGUUUAACUUGUUCAAUUACAUACGAUAACUGUUUAUCAUGUGAUACAAGUCUGAAUUAGUCUAUGAUUAACAACAAAUGCUUAUGUUCAUAAUCUUAUUAUUUUGAUUCUUUGACUAAAUCAUGUUAAUGUAAUAUGUUAUAUUAUAUAAUUAUUUAGAAUGUCACAUUACUUGUUUAGAGUGUUAAAAUAAUAGUGAAUGCACAUCAUGUAGAUAAACAACUAGACAUUUAGAUGAAGAUUAAAAGAAAUGUUUAUGUAAUGAUGGAUAUUAUGAGACCAAUUAAUCAAAUUGUUAAUGUAUUUAAUUAUUAUAAAUUAUUAGAAUGUCAUUUAUCAUGUGAAACUUGUGUAACUAUCAAUACUAAUUGUUUAAGUUGUAUGAGUAUAUACUAAAGAACAUUAAAAAAUAAUAAAUGUCUAUGUAUUGAUGGAUAUUAUGAUGCAGGAAUAGAAUUAUGUUAAAAAUGUAAUAAUACUUGUAAGACAUGUCAAAAUUCUGCUUCAACUUGCCUAUCUUGUUAUGAAAUAGAAUAAAAUAGAUAUUAAUUAGGUGACAAAUGUUUAUGUAAAUCUGGAUAUUUUGAGUUAAACACAAAUAUAUGUUCAAGUAAUCUAUGUUUAUUUAUAUUUUAGAAUGUUCAAAUGAAUGUUUAACAUGUUAAGGCUAAGCUGAUUAUUGUACAAGUUGUGAUAUCAAUUCUAAAAGAGUUGAUUAAUCAAUUAUCCAUAAAUGUCCAUGUAUAAUUGGAUUUUAUCAAGAUCAAAAUUAGAUAUGUUAAAGUAAGUAUCUAUAACUAUAUUUUUAGAAUGUCAUAACAAAUGUUAAACUUGUAUAAAUUAGAGUGAUUAAUGUUUAAGUUGUAAGUUUGAAUUAAAUUCAAAUAGAAAUUCUUUAUCUGAUUAAUGUAAUUGUAAAGAAGGCUAUUUUGAUGAUGGAAUCUAAUUAUAAUGUUAAAAAUGCAAUCUUAAAUGUAAAACUUGUUUAAAUGAUUCAAUUAAUUGUGUAAUUUGUUCAAAUUCAAUACGAAUAAAUCCACCUACCUGUAAUUGCAUGGAUGGAUAUUAUGAAGAUGAAUAAUUCACAUGUUAAAGUACUUUUUAUUUUUAAUUAAGUUUGUGCUUAUUAAUGCAGUACUUGUGCAAUAUCACCUUAAAAUUGUUUAACUUGUAAACCAGAAAGAAUCGGGAAUGAUUGUAAAUGUACUGAUGGAUACUUUGAAUUCGGAUCUACAUUUUGUGAAUGUAUUUANAUAGAAAGUAAUUGCAAAUGCCAACAGGGAUAUUAUGAUGUAGGUUUAUAACUUUGUUUAAAAUGUAAUUCAAAUUGCUUUACAUGUUAAUCCAUAUCAAAUAAUUGUACAUCUUGUGAUUCUGAUUAAUUUAGAGAACUUAAUUCAAUAACUUAAACUUGUGAUUGUUAAAUUGGUUAUCUUGAAAUUAAUGGAAUCUGUGAGUAAUGUCGUUCAAGUUGUAAAACAUGUUCGUAAUCGUUAAAUUUAUGUACUUCUUGUGUUUAAUUUCGAUAUUUAAAGAAUAACGAAUGCUUUUGUAAUGAUGGAAUGUAUGAAUCGAUUGUAGAUAAAUAAUGUAAAUUAUGUAAUAAGAGUUGUUUAACUUGUGCUUAUUCAGAUAUCUAUUGUUUAACAUGUUCAAUUGAUAAUUUUAGAAUAUUUAAAUCUGGAAAUAAAUGCGAAUGUAAAUAAGGAUAUUACGAAAAUCCAAUUACAUAAUAAUGUGAAGAAUGUGCAAAAUCUUGUUUAACUUGUUCAAUUACAUACGAUAACUGUUUAUCAUGUGAUACAAGUCUGAAUUAGUCUAUGAUUAACAACAAAUGCUUAUGUUCAUAAUCUUAUUAUUUUGAUUCUUUGACUAAAUCAUGUUAAUGUAAUAUGUUAUAUUAUAUAAUUAUUUAGAAUGUCACAUUACUUGUUUAGAGUGUUAAAAUAAUAGUGAAUGCACAUCAUGUAGAUAAACAACUAGACAUUUAGAUGAAGAUUAAAAGAAAUGUUUAUGUAAUGAUGGAUAUUAUGAGACCAAUUAAUCAAAUUGUUAAUGUAUUUAAUUAUUAUAAAUUAUUAGAAUGUCAUUUAUCAUGUGAAACUUGUGUAACUAUCAAUACUAAUUGUUUAAGUUGUAUGAGUAUAUACUAAAGAACAUUAAAAAAUAAUAAAUGUCUAUGUAUUGAUGGAUAUUAUGAUGCAGGAAUAGAAUUAUGUUAAAAAUGUAAUAAUACUUGUAAGACAUGUCAAAAUUCUGCUUCAACUUGCCUAUCUUGUUAUGAAAUAGAAUAAAAUAGAUAUUAAUUAGGUGACAAAUGUUUAUGUAAAUCUGGAUAUUUUGAGUUAAACACAAAUAUAUGUUCAAGUAAUCUAUGUUUAUUUAUAUUUUAGAAUGUUCAAAUGAAUGUUUAACAUGUUAAGGCUAAGCUGAUUAUUGUACAAGUUGUGAUAUCAAUUCUAAAAGAGUUGAUUAAUCAAUUAUCCAUAAAUGUCCAUGUAUAAUUGGAUUUUAUCAAGAUCAAAAUUAGAUAUGUUAAAGUAAGUAUCUAUAACUAUAUUUUUAGAAUGUCAUAACAAAUGUUAAACUUGUAUAAAUUAGAGUGAUUAAUGUUUAAGUUGUAAGUUUGAAUUAAAUUCAAAUAGAAAUUCUUUAUCUGAUUAAUGUAAUUGUAAAGAAGGCUAUUUUGAUGAUGGAAUCUAAUUAUAAUGUUAAAAAUGCAAUCUUAAAUGUAAAACUUGUUUAAAUGAUUCAAUUAAUUGUGUAAUUUGUUCAAAUUCAAUACGAAUAAAUCCACCUACCUGUAAUUGCAUGGAUGGAUAUUAUGAAGAUGAAUAAUUCACAUGUUAAAGUACUUUUUAUUUUUAAUUAAGUUUGUGCUUAUUAAUGCAGUACUUGUGCAAUAUCACCUUAAAAUUGUUUAACUUGUAAACCAGAAAGAAUCGGGAAUGAUUGUAAAUGUACUGAUGGAUACUUUGAAUUCGGAUCUACAUUUUGUGAAUGUAUUAAGUUCCUUUAAUUUAAAUAGAAUGUGCAUUUUAAUGUGCUACUUGUAGUUUAAAAUCUUUGAAUUGCGAUUCUUGUAAAGGUAAUAGAAUAUAAGAACCAUAAUGUAUUUGUCAACCAGGCUAUUUUGAUGAUCAAAUUAAUGAAGAUUGCUAAUUAUGUGAUAGUGCCUGUUUAGAAUGUAAUAUAAAAGGAUGUUUAUCUUGUAAUGCUAAUAGAAUAUUAAAUGAAGAAAUGGAUUGCGUUCCUCCGCCAAAUUCGAUUCGGUAUAAUGAUACCCCUUGGUGUUCAAGUAAAUUAAUCCUAAUAUUUCUUAUAGCAUGUGAAGUCGCUGUUGUUAAAGCAUAUUUAUCAGAUGAUAUUAGUAAGAUUAUUAUUCAUUUUGAUUUUCCAUUAAAUUCAAAAGGAUUUAAUUAAUAAUUCGAACUAAAUAAAUGUUUGUAAUUAUUUGAGUUGAAAUCUUUAUAAAAUUUUGGUUAAAAUUCUUAAUGUUUCAUUAAUCCAGACAAUAAUCAUGAAUUGCUAAUAUCUUUAGGAGAAAACUCAAAAAUAAAUGUUGGAGAUGAAAUACUAUUUAUAAGUAAUUCUUUAUCUCAUAUUAAUUGUGAAACUACUUUAAACAAGUUUAUCUUUACGACAUUAUAAAUGCCAAUAAAACCAUUUGCUCCUUAGGUUGAAUAUCAUGUACCUGUUCAUUAACUCAAUCCUUUUGCAGAAAACUCAGUUUAUUUGAAAUCAAUAAAACACUAUGGAAAUAGAAAAUUGGAUAAUAUCAUUUGGAAUUUUUAAGUUGAAACAAAUUAAGAUACAUAACCAUUAGGUGAUUUCAUAGAUUAAAUGAAUUUUCUAUAAGAAUAUAAUUUAUUGAUACCCAAAUUUACAUUACCUAGUGAUGCCAUUCUAAAAUUUAAGAUCUAAUAUUAAAAUUUCAUCCAUAUUCAGUCAUAUUCAGAAUUUAUUAUAUAUACCCAUUCAGGAGAUCUACCAUAAAUUGAUAUUAGUGUAAAACCUUCAUAUUUUGUAUAUGAAACAAUUACUAUUGGAUUAUCAGCUGGCACUUUAUUUAGACAGUAUUAAGUAGACAAUUCUAAAUAUAUGGUCUAACUUAGUGAAAUUAAUAGACAUCCUAAAAAGUCGUCUCCUUCAAGAUUAAAUACAUCAUUAGAAACUAAUCCAUUUGAAAAAAUACAAGCAAAUAUUACAAAAUAUACAUUAAGUCCUAAUUCAACUUAUACUUUCUAAGUCAUAGCAACUAAUUUAAAUACUAAUAAAGUACAAUAUUAAAAUUUGAGUAUUGAUAUUCCAUUUGCUGGAUUGAUAUGUUAAUUUAAUAACAGAGGAAUUUAAAGUAUAAGAAAAGAUUUAAAUCUUUAAAUAGAAUGCAAAGAUUUAGAUACAAAAUAUGAUUGGAAUAAUGAUCCAGAUUUGUAUAUUUAUGUAACUUGUAAGGAUUUAACAUUAAAUAAUUCUUGCUUAAACUAAUAAAAAUAAAUGAUUAAUGUUAAUGUAACUGAUUCAGUUUAAUUCAUCAAGAAGAAUACAAUUUCUGUCUUUACUGUAUAGGAAUGGUCAGUAACAGUAACAAAAUUCAAAUAAACUUAAAAAUUUAAUUAAAUUAUUGUAUAUCUUGAAGAUGAUUUCCCUGUUUUAGAUUUAGAAUUCAAUUAGGGUUAUUUAAUGAGAAAAGUAAAUAAUUAUGAAUAACUUAAUUUUACAUUCCUAAUCCCAUUUAAUUAAAAACUUUUUUUAUUAGAUUUAUCAAUAGCAAUCAUCUAUAACUAUGAAAUAAUAGAAAUACUUUAACCAAAAUACAUUUCUCAUUAAUUUAAAUUAUUUAAUAGUAUUAAAGAGUUAAACUUUGGUGAUAGCAUCAGUCUUAAACUUACAGCAUAAUAUACAAACAAUAUAAUGCCUAGUCUAAAUACCAUAAAACUUAAUAUAAAUUAACCUCCUUUCUGUUCUAAAUUAAUUAUUACGCGUUUAAAUGAUUUAGCACUUACAAAUAUGAUGGUUGCCACUAGUUGUGAAUAAUCAAAUGAUUCUCCAUAUAAAUAUUAGCUUAGAGUAUUUUUGAGAGAAUCAGAUUUAACAGAUUUUUUGAAGGGAUCAUCAGAUAAUUCCUUAAUUCUUUAUUCAUUUCAGUAUUAAACUCAAUUUUAAAUUUAAAUUCCUACUUCUGUCGAUUCUUCAAAAAUUGGACUUUUGUUAUAAGUGCUUGACAGUGGAGGAUCAAUAACUAAUAUUUAUGAAAUGAUAACUUCAAAACCUGCUAUCUUAAAUUGCUCUUAAAUAUAAUUUUAAAAUUUGAAUGUAUAAAACAAGAUAUCAUUGUUAUUUGAAGCUAUGAAUUAAAAAUGUAAUGAUUUACAUUACUAAAUUUAUCUUGAUUUGCUUUAUUAAUAAAUUCUGCCAAAUUAAAAUGAUAAUACGCUUAAAUUUUAGGCUAUAAAAUUAUAUAAGUAAUUUUUACUUUAGUAUGGAUAAAGCAAACCUUAAAAUAGAUUAUUAAUUGAAUCCAAUCAAACAAAAUGUUAUGAUUUAAAUUCUAGUCAUUUAUUUAUUACAUAAAAUUCUAGUGAGAGUGAUGUUAAUUUAUCAAAAAAGAUAGAAGACUUAAAAGAAAAUAUAAAGAAAUUAGAUUUAUCUUUCAAUUAUCUUCGCACAAUUAAACAGCAAAGUGAAAAGGAGCUUCUUGAAAAUAAUUAUAUCUGGAAUUAAGAAGUUUUUCAAUAACUCUAAAACUCUUAAGAAGGGUUAAUAAAUCUAUUAUAUUAUAUUGAUGAAAUAUAUACCAACUUUAUAUCAGUAAAUACAAAAAAUGCUACAAUUUACAUGAGUAUUAGCGAAUUGUUAAAUUAUAUAAAAUUUAUUGCAGAAGAAAUAUAAAAUACAAUUAUGAUUAACGAAAAACCCUUAAUUGUUUAAGGCCAAGAGAUUAUUUGGUAAAUAAAAAGAAGAACAAAAUAAGUAUUUAAUUAGCAAUUUAAUAUUGAAGCUGCUUAAGAAGAUUAUCUGAUAGAUUUUAUCCAAUAUGAAUAAACAUCUCUUUAAACUAAUCCUUUAAAAUUAACUACAGAUUUAGAUAAUAUUAUCUAAUCAUAAUUUAAUGACAAAACUUUAAAAAUUUUUUCAGAUAAUUACUACUUAAUUAAUUUAAAAAAUAUUUAUAAAAGCAGAUAUAUAUCGUAUGGAAAUAUUUCAUCCUCUUAUAGAACAAAAUUUGGAACUUAUGAGAUCUGCUCAAAUAAAUCAUAAAAAAUUGAAGAAUAUGAAAUAUAGUGUAUGUCUAGAACAGUCUCCGGAAUAUUCCAUUAAUGUUAUUUAAAUACAGCCUAAAAUGAAAAAACUAUAGAAUUAACUUGUGAAUGCAAUAGUUUUGGGGAAAUUUUUUUAAUUUCUUCUACAAAUUUUAGUUUAGAAGAUUUAAAAAAUGAUACUUCAUAAUAACAUGAUCUUUAUAUCAUUUCAGCCUAAGUUAAUUUAUUGCCUUUAAUCAUAUUUACCAGUUCUUUGUCGAUAUUAUUUUUAGGAACAUAUUCUUUUUAAUUAUUUAGAGAUUUAAGAGAAAAAUCAGAAAUUUAUGAAUAAGAUUAAACCAUUUUAAGUAUUAAAAAUUAGAAUUAUAAAAAUUAAAUGAUUUACAAAGGAAAUUAAAGAAUCUUCAAAGAAAAAUUAAAGGUAUUUUUUUAUUUUUAAAUUAGUUUAUACAUCAAACCAUAUCAAUAUUUUAUUAUAAAGAUGAAAAUAUUCAAUUCAGUUAUAGAAUUUUAGAGGUCUGUUCUUAAUUUAAUUUGUUGUUAGCAUUAAAUAUUUUAGAGUUUUUUUAUUCUAACAGCAAAAUAUCCCUGAUAUGCGCUUUUAUGAUCGUUAACCCUUUCAUUGUGUUUAUUUUGAGAAUUAUUUAUAAAAUUAUUGAAUCAAUAUAUAGAUUCAGAAGAAUUAAUGCAAUUAUUAGUUAAUUGUUAUUAAUAAUGAUAUUGAUAUUACCUAAUCUUAUCAUUAUUACUUUUAACUACCUGAGGUAUUAUUAAUUAUAAUUUAGAUUGUAAAUUCAAUAAGAAAAUUAUUUAAUGGCCAUAAGCUAUUUAGUCAAUAUUUUGAUUUCAUAAAUCAUUAUUGAACCAAUAUCUAUAUUUGGAAGAAUUGCAAUUUAUCGAUUGAUAGCAUCAAGCCUAAAAGAAAUGGAACUUAAUCCAUUAUUUCAUUUGAUGCAUUUUUUUGUAAUGCAUAGUUGUCUUGAAGAAAUAUUUGAUGAGUUUUUAAAAAUUUGA